GAUACUAACAUCAAAAAAAUCAUGUGGAACAUAAUAUUAUGCACGAUCGUGAGCUUGGUGGCCGGCAAGCAGGUCACUUUUGAGAAUUACAAAGUCUUCAACAUUGCUGCGGAUGCACCAAUGCAGACUCAGUUGUUAAAUCGUUUAGCACAUAUUUCUGAUGGAUUUUCUUUCUGGAAGGCAUCGUCUGUGAAUAAACAAAUGCAACUUAUGGUAGCCCCAUACAAGCUGUCCGAAUUCUACGAAAUGAUGGCGCAGAUCCAAGCACCAUACGAAGUUUAUAUUGAGAAUGUUCAGACAUUAAUCAAUCGAGGAACGCCAGCGAAUGUAUCAAUGGAAUUUGAUUUUAAAAAUUACCAUCCUCUCAAGACAAUUUACAAGAAUCUAGAUGACAUGGCAAAGCGAUAUCCCAAUAUAGUACAAACUAUAGUAGGCGGCAAGACGUAUGAAAAACGUGAAAUCAAAGGCGUUAAGAUUUCUUAUAAAGCCAACAAUCCUGGAGUUUUUAUUGAAGGUGGCGUUCAUGCCAGGGAAUGGAUUUCGACAGCAACUGUAAUGUACAUCUUCCAUCAAUUGCUGACAAGCAACAACACGGAGGUCAGGACUCUGGCUGAGAGCCAUGAUUGGUAUAUCUUUCCAGUGUUCAAUCCCGAUGGAUACGUGUAUACGCACACUACGAACCGAUUCUGGAGGAAGACACGUAAGCCAUACGACAACUGUUAUGGUGCUGACCCCAACAGAAACUGGAAUUACAAAUGGAACACUGCAGGUUCUAGCAACGACACAUGCUCCGAAACUUAUGCUGGACCUGCUCCGUUCUCUGAAAUUGAGACAAAAAGCAUGUCCAAAUAUAUCAAUUCUAUUUCCAAAAAAUUUUACGCGUAUAUUGCGUUCCAUAGCUAUUCGCAACUAUUGAUGUUUCCUUAUGGUUACACAACAGAUCGUGUUGAAAACUACGAUGACUUGUAUAAUAUUGGCAUGAAAGCGAUUACAGCUCUCGCAAAGAGAUAUGGAACUGAAUACGCAGUUGGAAGUAUUGCUGAGACAAUAUAUUUGGCUUCUGGAAAUACUGUCGAUUGGAUAAAAGGCAUGUAUAACAAAUCUAUCAUCUACAUUUAUGAAUUACGUGAUCAAGGUCAAUAUGGCUUUUUAUUGCCUCCUGAGCAAAUUAUUCCAACUGGAGAAGAGACUUUAGAUUCUGUCAUAGCCAUCCUUAAAGAAGCAACCAUGCUAAUAGAUAUGGUUGAAGUUUCCAAGACCUAAUGCGCACAACAGAAAGAGUUUAUAACGCGAAUUCAUAGUACCAAC